CAGCUACGCCGUUAUCUGUUUCUCCUGGAGACCAACUAUCGUAACUCAAAGAGCACACCAAACAAAAGGGCUAUCUUUUCCUCUUCUGUGCAAUACCUCGACCUCUCGGCUACUGAUCUUGAUCCCGGGAAAGCGGACGCGCUUGCUUUACGCAACAUCUUCUCUUAAUACAGUUCCCCGUCACAUCAUGUUCCAUGACCCAGUGCGUUUUCGUGUCUUCUCCGACUCGUAAAACGGAAGGGCGGAACCAGGGGCGUCACGAAGCUGCCUAACGAGUGCAACGACUGAACCUCUCAAUUUGUUCGCAUAUGGGUUUUUUCCUUUUUUGAACACAUGGAUCCAGAACAUUUGGAAGGUCAACUGCGAAUCUGGGGAAAUUUGCGUAAUACUCCCGCUUUGAGUCGCCCACUGAAUCUGCCGGCGACGGGAUUCAACCACUCAGUUGGAACUAGUGCAUGUUUCGCGCACAUGACGUUGGUUUUUCUUACAGAUCAAUCAAGUUUUGACCGUGACAGCAACCAAGCCGUCCCCAGAUACACGAAUCCUGCUCUGUUACUAAGGCGAGUGUUCCGUCUUCGGCCUCACACUUCAUCAAACAAUCUCUUGUAACCGUUUUCAUGUUUAUGCCUGCCUGCGACUAGACGGGUUCAUCCUUGCUGAAUGCACUAUUUCGUCUUCACAAGAGCCACCUGUGAUUGGAGAGUUGCUUCUACGGGGAGCGAACUGAUGUAGGGUGGCAAGCGCAUAACCGUGAGGCUUUUCGUAGGUAGAGCUCGAUUCUGAGUGUAUGAACUGAACAAGACAGCACAUUCCUGGAACUGCGACAGACUUGGCUCUUCCUACGGCGGAUGCUCUUCGAACAUUUUUUCGUGGUGGUGAUUUCUAACGAAGAAACGACAAUGAGAGGGGAUCGCACUUUGCAUCUUCGAGAGAGAACUCCCGAAGGACGCGUUGCCGUACGGAAGGGAAGCAACAAACAGAGACCGCAGUGCAGAACACAAUGACUAGUGGUACAUUUGCCACGUGGACUGAAUUGCGCUGUACAUCAGCUGGAUGUUGAUUGGCUGAAGGAAGGAGCUGCUUCGACCUUGCUCUUCUGUUGCGCGUCUCGUUCGUUGCUUGAUAUCUCUGUCUGCUCGUGAGUCACGGGUCGCAUCCAAGAUGUAUCGGAACAUGCCCGUGGACCUCGUUCUGGUUCGCCACGGCCAGUCCGAGGGAAACUUAGCGCAGCGCCUGUGUCGCCAGCAACAGCAAAAUGCGGACACUCUCGCCGGGUCGAACGACCCGUUGUCUGCCUCUACUUCGUCUGUGCGUGACAAGGCAUCGGCGGAUCUUGGAAUGGGCGUCUGGUCUAAGGAAUUCCGUGAACGACAUAACAGCCUCUACAGACUUACGGACAAGGGAAGGAUGCAGGCGGCAGUCGCGGGGAGAUGGAUUCGCUCUCAUGUGGCGACCCUGUUUGAUAAAUACUUCACCUCCGAAUAUGUCAGAGCCAUGGAGACGGCAGCAAUGCUUUCGCUCCCAUCUGCGCGGUGGGCUACAGAGAUGUACCUUCGAGAACGCGACCGAGGCAUCCUGGCGAACAAGCCCCACCACGAGAGACACGAACAACAUCCCGAAGAAAUGCGUCGGAAAGAGCGAGACGCCUUUUACUGGCAACCGUCGGGCGGUGAAUCCAUCGCCAAUUUGUGUCUCCGAGUAGACCGCGUCAUGGAGAAUCUGUGCGAAUCGUGCUCAGGCUUGCGAGUCAUAAUCGUCUGCCACGGAGGUGUGAUAAAGUCUUUCCGGGCUUUGAUCGAGCGCGUGCGCCCCACAGAGAGUCGCUCCUCCGUCUCCAGCGGGUCUGGGCCCGGUGGGGGCACGGGCGCCGCCACAGCGGCCAGGGGACAGUUGGAGAAGAUUCACAACUGCCAGAUUGUCUGGUACAGCAGAAGAGAUCCGCGAACAGGCUCGAUCAGCUCCAAGUACAACUGGGUCAAAAGCGUAUGUCCGUGGAACAUGAACCUCAGCAGCAAUCAGUGGAGGGAGAUACGGCGCCACGUGUACAGCAAUGAGGAGCUGCUGCGUUCAGUUCAUCAAGUGCCCCAGCUGGUGAAUCGAAGCCUGGAUGAACUAGAUGCGCCGUUUCAGUCCCUCGCCCUCAUUUCAUCUCCGGGUCUCCCCACCUCUCGCCAUGACGGUGCCCAGUCUCUUCUUGCGGUCGCGGCUGCAGCGGCUGUUGUGGCGGCAAGCGCCCCGCUAGGGGCCUCGCCUCGGCACCCAGCAACCGUUUACGGGCCUGUCCCCCCGCCGGGACAGGCUCAGCAGGCGUCGUCCCCUUCGCCUCCACGGCUCCAGAAUGAGACUCUGCCUGUCCCCUCGGGAAAGGAGGAAGAGCCCGGACCGGAGAACGCGGUUGUGAUCGAGGAAGACUUUGAUGAGCUGCUUUCUGAUGACAGCGAAUGCAGCGACAGCGACAUCGACGCCCUGCUUGCCCAGCCGCCCUCUCUGGUGUUGCACGGCGAGUCCACACCCCCUUCUCCUCGAGACGAAGAGGCCGUUGCGUCGCUGCCGCGUGCGUCGGAAGAAGAAGCCGAUGAAGAGCUAGAGGACGAGGAGGGCGAGGAGACGCACAGAGAAGAGCCCGACAUUUGCUCUGUAGAGGCGAAGAAUGCCGCAGACAUGUCCGGAGAAGAGGGUAGACAGUCCGAAGAGGGUAGACAGUCCGAAGAGGGUAGACAGUCCGCGAAGGCGAAUGGGCCAUGUGCCCUGAGGUCGGGGCCAAGCCCAACGUCUCUCACAGAAGACAGCUCCACUUGGACUCGUCGUACAAGUCUCCGGGCCGAGCCUGCUGCCGGAACAGGCCACAAGGUCCCAACCGGAAGGACGGGGCCGCCUCCACCGGAAGAGAGCGGCCACGACGGACGGGCGAGAUUGGACUCGACAGUCUCCAGGGAGAAACGCGGAGCUACAGGGACGAGUGAAGAACCCGGCUCGGCCAACCUCGCGACCCACAGGGGAGGCAAAAACGGAGACAGACAUGGAGAACUCUGUCCUGCAUCCGAGGAGGCGACCUGUACUCCUCGAAGUCCCUUGUCCACUCGGCGCCUGGCAGCCUCUUCCCUCCGUCGUCAUCGCAACCCGUUGCAGGCGUCGUCUUGUCUCUUGACGUCCGAUGAGCUUCUGCACUGCGUAGCCGCUUCACGCAGUUCCCCAGGCGGCCCUAGCUCUCGACCUACGUCGUCGUCUCUUCUGGACGGCGCUCUGCAUCCAGAUCCGUCGGGCUCUUCCUCCGUGCCUGUGUAUUUGCCUGUGUGGGGCGAAGACAGGGAAACAGACGGCAAGCAUUCUGCUUCAGAAUCCUCUGAAGCAAUCCACCAGUCUAUCGAUGGGCGCCCCAUGUCCCGCAGCUUGUCUGUGGAGGCGUCGGGCCCGAUCGGCCGGCGCCACAGCGCUAACGACGUUCGGAAGCGCCGAGAGGGGCCGCUUGCGUCUCGGCCUCGAGCGCGGGGCUGGAGUGAGGCGAAUCUCACGACUAUCGCUUGCGCGUAUCUGGGCUGCGUGUCGGCGUCUUCGCCCAAGGUGGCGACCUGCGCUGCGCAGAAGGACAAGGCUGGAGCGCCCACGCGUCCCGCCAUACACGGCGUACAAACUUGGAAAGAGACAGAAGACAGGCCGGACAGCAGCCUCGUUCUCGACGGCUGUGUGCAGGCCCCUAAGCAGCAACCUGCUUCACCCACGCUCCAGACGGGGGCAGAGGGUUCUGGUGGAGCUACUGCAGACCUUAAGAACGCGUUUGUGGAACGGGCAUCCCUCUGUACACCCGAGAGGCGGCGAGACCUGCCACGCCAGGAAAACAGCUCCUCGUGCGCCGCGCCAGCUACGUCCAGGUCUACGAGGCGACUUGCCUCGUAUGAAGGAAGAAACAUUGGAUUGUCGUCACAUGCUGACUCAGGACAUGGCUUUGAAGAAGGCGAGGGUUGCCCGUUGGACGAUCGCCACGAUAAGACACCUGGGGGGAAGGGGGCACAGGGUUGUGGGUGCUGCAGCGAUCGAAUCGUUGCGUCGUCUCUCACGUAUGCCGAAUCUUUCCGGCUUGGCGCAGUUUCCACUCGCGACAUUCAGGCCCCAGUCGGACUCCGGCGUACAAACCUGGCACAGAAUGAAGACAGUGGCGAGGAAGACACGUCGUCUCUAACGGCUGCAGAAAACGCAGACAAGUCAUCGACCUGUUCAACACAACGACAAGGCGCUCAGGCGAACAUGCCUUCCUUAGCCGCCGACAGUAGUGUUUCAAGGACGGCGCCGUCUGUUCUCCCCGUUAUUUCUCCGAUUCCUUGCUCUCCCGAUGCCCAGUCCGAUCCCCAGCUGCAGGGCCCACCAGAGAGCAGGAAUACGCCGACGUCUGCGAGAGAGAAUGGCGUGUCUAAUGAAGACACCAGUGUCUCUUCUCUCACCCGGGAUGUCUGCGUUGCGUCGCCUUACGGAGCCUGUGAGAGUGACGCCUCGGCUUUUGAGUGUAUGACUCUUACGCCUGGAGACCGAGAACGGAGAGGCCCGCAAGAAGGGGAGCGCUUUGGUGACCCUGGGGAAUCGGAGUGUGCAGAAGUGCAGUUAGCGUCCAGUGCAGAAAGCACCCUGCCAGGGAAAUCUGUUGGCUCCACCGGUCCUGCAUUGUCUGGGGCUGGCGCGCCGUCGCCCUCAAGAUUUGUGCAGUGUGGGCCAGGGGGAGCUGAAGGCGGGGCCUUCUGGCCCUCGUCCCCUUGGCACGCUUCCGAUGGUCUCCGCCAGCUGCUCCUACUCCAGCAAAAUUCCCUCAGGCUUCUCUACAGACAACAGGAGACGUUUCGCGCGACCAGCGGGCUUCCGGUGGCGGGCGCGACCGACGGGGCCCAGGGGGCGUUUGGCUCCCAGACUGGAGGCGACUUGUCCAGCGUGGAAAGGAGGGGACAGCCGGUUCCCGGGGGGCCUGCCUCGGAGCCGAGCGCGUCCUGCUGCGGGGGCCUUCGAGAGUUUGCAUGCGUUCAGCACCAGAUCCUCCAGCAACUUCAGCACCAGCAGUUGAUUCAACUGCAGCUGCAGCAGAUCCUUCUGGAGGCUCUGCUUCCGGGUGUCCAGCCAGUGCUGAUGCCCGGCGGGCCUGUCGACCGGGCCGGCCCGCUGAUGUCUCUACCGUCGCCCCCGUUCGGCUUCCCGGCAGGUUCGACUGAGUAUGGAAGCUUAGGCGAUAUGUCUGCUCCCACGGCUCUGUCUCUCAGGGACCCGCUAUGUGGACUCCAGACCUCAGGCCCAUGUGGCCGGGGAGGCUUCGGGGUGCACAGGAGCGACUACUUGAGGGACAGGCGAGCGGAUUCGUUCAUGCGACGGAGCACAGAUGCCGCGGACAUCGUGAACAUCCCACCGCUCCCUGUCCCUUGCCCACCUUAUGGUGGCAAUAACUCCGAUAUGGCUUCACAAGCUGCGGGCAGCGCCGCACUGGGUCGAGGGCCUCAUUUGAGCGGAGGCGGCACUCAGGCGCCCUACACACACCAGAGUUCACAGAACUCCGGAGCUGUCCCCAAGACUGCAUAUGAUAGCCAGACCGGCGCGGUAGACAGCGGCUCGCCGCGGAGCGUUUGCGCGUCAAUGGGAAGCGGAAUCACGCUUGAACAGAACUUCUUGGACUCAAUCGGCUUUUCACGGGAUAUUCAUCGGAUUGUGUCCCACGAACGCGAUCGAGUGGUGGAUGAGUAUCAGCGCUUUCUGGCAGCGCAGACGCAGCGCCAGCAAGCCACCGCCGGACGGAGUUCUUUCGAGGAUGCGAUCGGGUUUCCUACGCCUCUACUUUCUUCGUCUGGUUGGCCGCCCGUCAUCCCCUGUUACCUAAUGUCCUCUGAUGAGCAUCUGCUCCCCUUGCCAGCGUCUCAUUCACAUGCUGAAGGCGCCUCGCCUCCCGCGGGGCGCAGCGAGUCCGCGGAGCAGAGGGACUUGCGAUUUGAGAAUGCACAGGCAGCCCAGAAGGGAGACACCAGCUGCUCGGCGAGGGCUGCUACAGAGACAGGCGAGGGGACGAGACUGCCGGAGACGGACACCCGGUGGCCGGGAGAGUGCGCUGUCGCUUCUCAGACUCCUCCGGCAACGGUCUCAGAGGCGUCCACUGGUGCCUCAGCAUGCCGGGAAUACCAACAAAGGAAUGUCCGUUUUUCCACACAGCCCCCGUCAGAAACCGCGACCGCUAGCUGGUCUCGAGAUGGAGGCCAGGCGGGUCCGCAGAACGGACAGAGGGCGUCAUCGCGGGCUUCAGGCGCCGACGAGGGAGCAGGCCGGAGGGACUGGCAGAGACCGGCGACAAGCGAGGCUCGAGGAAGUGUGUUAGACGGCGCCGAUUCCAAAGAGUUUGGACAGAAAAGAGAGGCGGGGAAAGACGCGGAGUCUCAGAGUGCAGACGACCAAGGUAAAGGUGCGAAGCUUUCCGUGUUUAAAAUUGUGGAUGGACGGAAGGAACAGAACCCCGCAAGACAAACCGACGGAGGCAUAACUCAAGAAGGCAAGGAGCCGCUCGACGAGAAAAAGAAGGAGACUGCAGCGGCGAUGCCCUCGGCGAGAAGAGACACGGACCCUCUAUUGAGUCCGCGCGCACCGUGUGCCUCGUCAGUAAGUUUAGAUUCCUCUGUGCGUAGCGAUCCUUUUCCAGAUGUUUCGGCGGCGAGCGCGUCCAAACCUUCUUCUUUGAGCAAGGAGUUUCUGGCUUUGGCUGGCCCGGCCUGUCCUGCGACGGUGGUUGGUUCAGAUUCAACAGCCGCGUCUGUGUCUGGGUCCUCCUCCUCGUCUCCAGACGCAUGCAUCUGUUCCACAGAUCCCCAGGCAAGACAGUGCCGAGGGAACAGCGGGACGUUGGUGGAAGAACAAAAGACAAAGGAAAGAGCGACGCAGAGAGAAAACGCAGAAUCCGGUUCAGAGGGUGAACUUGCAAGAGACCGGGGAAGAGGGCGACGACGCGACGAGGAAGAAGAAGACGCCGAUGAUGAGUGGCCCCACGACCAUGCGGACGAGCUCAGGGACGAGUCGGACUCUGUAGAUUCUGACCACGAAUGCAGAUCGAUGUGGACAACACGAUAGAGAAACGGGCGUUUUUUAGGUGGAGCGUACACAUCGCGCGGCCAAUGCAUUCUACCCCAUGUCCGUCUGCCGGUGUCCAGUCCGCUGUUAACUACAGGUCCGUCUUCAGGUAUUGCGUGACUGGCACUCGUAAAGGAUGAGUUCUCGUACCAGUGGAGCAGCGUCACGAUGCAUGCAUGUAUGCAUAUAUGUAUAUAUAUAUAUAUAUAUGUAUAUAAAUAUAUAUGGCUCCGUCUCGGUUAAGUGUUGUGGUGGCAUCGAGGCCUGGGUUGGAAGGUGCGUUGCGCAGUUUUCUUCGCCUGAGAAAAUUAACGCUUUUUGGUGGUGUGCGAAGCCACCUGCAAAAGCGGACACCGUCGUCUCGUGUGAGGCAACUUCUCCCCUUCAAUCAGCGUUUUUCGCGACUCUUCAGAAGGGUGUGAUCUCAUGGAAAGGCGGGGCGUGUAAUAUACGAGUGCCGCUCGAGUGCAUCUGCAAGGCUGGUUUUUAUCGCCACCGGGGACCGAGAGGUAACGAUUUAUCCUUUUUCCUAGUUUGACGAGCAUGAACUGCUUCCCGGUGCAACACAAUUUAUUACCG